AUGACAGCGGCACGUAACAUCAGUGAUCAAGAGCUGUACACAUAUGCGAGUAAAGUAACCGGACAGGUUGUGCUUAUCACAGGUGGAGCGAGCGGAAUCGGGCGAGCUACAGUCAUUGAAUUAGCGAAGAGAGGAGCGAAGCUCGUCAUCGGGGACAUCAAUACGAAAGCUUCUGAAGAGCUUGUGGGUGUCAUAAGGUACACCGGAGGGACAGCGAUUUGGAAAGCGUGCGAUGUACUUGAAUACGACGACUUAAGAUCUUUAUUCGAGUAUGCUCUAGAGGAGUAUGGCAGCGUUGAUAUUGUGAUCGCAAAUGCUGGAAUAGCUGAAUCCGAACAACUAGUUGGCGACGGUGUCCAGUUGGACGAACAUGGGCGCCCAGUGAAAGGAAAGUUGAAGACGAUUGACAUGAAUCUGACGAGCGUUAUAUACACUGCUCAGCUGGCAUACCAUUAUUUUGGCAAAGCAACCAACGAGAAGUCAUUGAAGACACUAAUCAUGACUGCUUCUAUAUUGUCGUUCACGAGCCCAGAUCUUGCCCCAUUGUAUUGCAGUUCAAAGCAUGGAGUUCUGGCUUUCAGUUUAUCUUUGAGGCCUGAAUUUGAGGCGAAUGGCUUUCGUAUCGCUACUGUACAUCCGUGGUUUGUUGAUACACCUCUGGUUCCUGGUUUUGUAAAGAGGCUCAUGCAUGGUAUCCCGCUUUCACCAGUUCAUCGCGUCGCGGGUGCAAUCGUACUCGCUGCAACGGAUGAAGAAGCAGACACUAACGGUGCUGCAUAUUGUAUUCCCGACGAGCGCGAUGCCUUCCGUAUCCCGUAUCCCGAGGUGAACGAUGGCGUUUAUACAAAAUUGUCGGAGCGUGCAAAGAAUACAAUACCGUGA